AUGAAUGUGAAGAAGCAGAGCAUGGAUAAUCAAUCAUCUUUCUCAGAAUUUCUCCUCCUAGAAUUCUCAGAUGUUCGGGAACUACAAAUUCUACAUUUCAUUAUAUUCCUGGUAUUGUACUUGGCAACUGUCACAGGGAAUCUUCUCAUCAUCUCUGCAGUAGCCUUUGAUCACCACCUGCACACCCCCAUGUACUUCUUCCUGAUGAACUUGGCAAUGCAGGACCUGGGACAAGUUUCAGUCAUUAUUCCCAAGUCCAUGCUCAAUUCACUCAUGAACACCAGGUACAUUUCCUACUCUGGGUGUGUUGCACAACUACUCUUCUUUGUCUUCUUUGUGGGAUCUGAUUUCUUUCUUCUCACAGUGAUGGCAUAUGAUCGGUAUGUUGCCAUUUGCAAACCAUUACAGUAUGGGAUGCUGAUGAAUAGGCAAGCCUAUAUUCAAAUGAUUAGCAGUGUAUGGAUCGGCAGCUUUUUCUAUGGAGUGUUACACACGGGAGGAACCUUUGCAUCCCCCUUUUGUUCCAAUAAAGUCAAUCAAUUUUUUUGUGAAAUCCCACAAGUACUUAAGCUGGCCUGCACGGAUUUGUAUCUAGUGGAAAUAGGAGUUAUUGCUAUAAGUGCUGUCUUUGGGAUUGGCUGCUUUAUCUUCAACAUUAUAACCUAUGUGUACAUUUUCACUGCGGUGCUGAAAAUCCCCUCAACUGAAGGAAGGCAAAAGGCUUUCUCAACUUGCCUUCCCCAUCUCAUUGUAUACUGCCUAUUUGUAUUUACUUCAUACUUUGCUUUCUUCAAGCCUGCCUCAUUACAUCUGGAUUUGGCAUUUACAGUGAUGUAUUCCAUGGUUCCACCCUUGAUGAAUCCAGUAAUCUAUAGCAUGAGAAAUAGGGAGAUUAAAAAUGCACUGUCAAAGCUAUUGCGUUUGCGUCACUCCUCUAUGAAAAACAUUUCCAGUCUUAUUUUGUGAAGGAAAAUU